CAGUCACUGGCAGCUGCUGAAAUGGAGCAGCAAGAAAAUCAACUGGACAGAGAAAUGUUCUGCUGUUCGAUCUGUGUGGAUCUACUGAAGGAUCCAGUGACUACUGUCUGUGGACACAGCUACUGUAAGAGCUGUAUUAACAACCACUGGGACAAAGAGGAGGAGAGAGGAAGCUACAGCUGUCCUCAGUGUAGACAGACCUUCACACCGAGGCCUGUCCUGGUGAAAAACACCAUGUUAGCUGAUUCACUGGAGGAGCUGAAGAAGACUGGACUCCAAGCUGCUCCUGCUGAUCACUGCUGUGCUGGACCUGAAGAUGUGGCCUGUGAUGUCUGCACUGGGAGAAAACGGAAAGCACCCAAGUCCUGUUUGGAUUGUGAAAAACACCUUCAGUCAGCUCCAUUGAAGAAGCACAAGCUGGUGAAGCCCUCGGAGAAGCUCCAGGAGAACAUCUGCUCUCGUCACGACGAGGUGAUGAAGAUGUUCUGCUGCACUGAUCAGCAGUGUAUCUGUUAUCUCUGCUCUGUGGAGGAACAUAAAGACCACGACACAGUGUCAGCUGCAGCAGAAAGGACUGAGAAGCAGAGAGAGCUCGGGCUGAGGAGACAAACAAUACAGCAGAGAGUCAAGGACACAGAGAAAGAUGUGAAGCUGCUUCAACAGGAGGAGAAGGCCAUCAACGGCUCUGCUGAUAAAGCAGUGGAGGACAGUGAGGAGAUCUUCACUGAGCUGAUCCGUCUUCAGGAGAGACUGGAGCAGGAGAUCACUGAGCUGAAGAGGAAAGUCCAUGAACUGAAGCAGCUCUCAGACACAGAGGAUCAUAACCAGCUUCUACACAACUACCCCUCACACCUACCACUCAGUGAAUCUACACACUCAUCCAGCAUCAGGAUCCGUCCUCUGAGGAACUUUGAGGACGUGGCAGCAGAUGUGUCACAGGUCAGAGGUGGACUACAGGACAUUCUGAGUGAGACAGAGACAGAGAUUUUACAGAUUGUGUCUCAAGUGGAUGUUUUACUGCCACAAACAGAGCCAGAGACCAGAGCUGACUUCUUAAGAUAUUCACAGGAAAUCACACUGGAUCCAAACACAGCACACCAAAAGCUGUUAAUAUCUGAGGGAAACAGAAAAGUAACACAGAGGAGUAGAGAUCAGUCUUAUUCUUAUCACACAGACAGAUUCACUGGUUGGUCUCAGGUCCUGAGUAGAGAGAGUCUGACUGGACGUUGUUACUGGGAGGUGGAGGUGGAGGUGGAGUUGUGGUCAGGAGUUGAUGUAGCAGUCACAUACAAGAAUAUCGGCACAGCAGGAUACUCAGAUGAAUGUUUAUCUGGAUACAAUGAUAAUUCUUGGAUGUUAAAUUGUUAUGGAAACAGAUAUAACUUUUAUCACAACAACAUCAGGACUCCAGUGUCAGGUCCUUGGUCCUCCAGAGUAGGAGUGUACCUGGAUCACAGUGCAGGUGUUCUGUCCUUCUACAGCGUCUCUGACACCAUGACUCUCCUCCACAGAGUCCAGACCACAUUCACUCAGCCUCUCUAUGCUGGAGUUUGGGUUUAUCCUGGAUCCACAGCUGAGUUCUGUAAACUCAAAUAGACUCGAG